ACUUCUCCCUCUCUCACCCCACCACCACCACCCACUCCCUCCACACGACAAGUCGUUAACUUCCCUUAUUCGGCGCCAUGAAGUUCGGCAAGAGCCUGAGCAGCCAGAUCGACGAGACCCUGCCGGAAUGGCGGGACAAGUUCCUCUCCUACAAGGAGCUCAAGCAGCGUCUCAAGCUCAUCGAGCCCAAGUCCGCUGGCGACCCCGCGACCAGGCCCGCCAAGCGGCCCAAACUCGAGGGCGACGCUGUUGCGGACGACAUGUCGUCCGCGGAGAUCAAUUUCAUUCAGCUUCUCGAGGACGAGCUCGAGAAGUUCAAUUCAUUCUUCGUUGAGAAAGAAGAGGAGUAUAUUAUCAGACUCAAGGAAAUACAGGACAGUGUGGCGAAAGCGAAGCAUUCCACUGAAGAGGUCAUGAAGAUACGCAAGGAAAUAGUGGAUUUUCAUGGAGAGAUGGUUUUAUUGGAGAAUUACAGUGCCCUUAACUAUACAGGACUGGUAAAGAUACUCAAGAAGUACGAUAAAAGAACUGGCGCUCUUAUGCGCUUGCCUUUUAUUCAGAAGGUCCUGCAACAACCAUUCUUCACCACUGACUUGCUUUACAAGCUUGUGAAGGAGUGUGAGUGCACACUUGAUCAGCUGUUUGCAAUGUGUGAACCAGCACCUUCAAAUGAAGCAUCUGAUGAUGGGGAUGAUGGUCCCUCUACUUCCAAGAGUGAUGGACUUGGCAGAGUAAACAAGGAACUUGCAGAGAUAGAGUACAUCGAGAGCUUAUACAUGAAAAGCACCAUAUCCGCGUUGCGAGCGUUGAAAGAAAUUAGAAGUAAAAGCUCAACUGUGAGCGCAUUUUCAUUGCCACCACUGCAAUUAAAUGGAUUAGAAGAAGAUGCCUGGAAAAAGGUCCCUGUUCUGGAACAGCUUGCUAAGUAGUUAGGGAGAGCUUAUACAUGAAAAGCACUAUAUCAGCGUUGCGAGCGUUGAAAGAAAUCAGAAGUAAAAGCUCAACUGUGAGCGCAUUUUUCAUUGCCACCACUGCAAUUAAAUGGAUUAGAAGAAGAUGCCUGGAAAAAGGUCCCUUGCUAAGUAGUUAGGUUAUGCAGAUGAAAUAGGGGACUAGUUUGUUCCCCUUGUUCUAUUUUUGUUUUAUUUUUUAAAAGUCUACAUGCAUCUGCUAUGCAUAAUUAUACUAACACCGAUGUAAAAUCCAUAAUUAUAGCUGUAAUGAAUUCAGUAGAAUUUGAUAAGUUCUGUAUAAUUAAUCUUUCCAUUAAUAUAAGAAGUAAUGUUCUAAUCCAACUUUUGAAAGCUCCUAUUCCUGA